UAGUAGGUAAAAGAUGAAUAUUUUUGUUUCGUUUUAAUUUCAUAAUAAUUGAAUAAAAAAAUUAAUUGUAUGGUCAAAUUUAUAAUAAAAAUAAAAUUUUAAAAUAAAACUAGAAUAAUUUUAUGACUUAUGUGAUAUUUGGUUAUAGGCAAAAAGUUUGGGGGAUAAAUUUAUAUUAAGAAUUUUCGUUAGGGGUAAAAGAAUACUAAUUUUGCCAUUUAGGGAGCAUUUGAAGAAAAUAUAAUAAAAAAUGAAGGAGCAAAAGCAUAUUACUAACAAAAUGAGGGGUAAAUUGACCAAGGAAGUAUUUGUUUUGAGUAAUUGAGUUGCAUUAGAAAAUGUAGAAAGAUAUAGGAUAGAAGUAAUAUUAAACUUCUGUGUACAAAAUGGUUCACUUUACCUUUAAAAUACAUGUGGGGCCUACACAAAUUAUUAAUUUUAUCUCUUAAAAUUUGAACAAACCAUAGAAAGAGUUUUAGAUUACCUCUUAAUUGUUAUGAGAUUAUUGGAAUUUUUCUUUGCACAGUCAAAAUGGGAGUUUUUUUUUCCUUUUUUGGAGUCAAUCAUGGGAGUUGGCUAUGAAAGCGCGUGGGACCUUUAUUGGCUUAAUUAGCAAUAAAUUAGUGAAAUGGUACUGUAAGCAUGCAUGUAUUGUAUGAUAUAAAUAUAUAUAUAUAUCAACAUUUAAGCACUACUUUUUUCAAAAAAAAAAAAAUUUUAAGCACUGCUUGUGUUGGGAAUGAUGAAUAUGGCUUCAUUGCAAUCAGAAUGUGUUACUGUACUAUUACUAUUUCUGCUCUUCUUGGCAGUCACACCAUUCAAAUGCAAUGCCCAAUCUCGUAUUCCUCCCCACGAUGAAGUGGAAGCUUUUAAAGAAAUAGCUAAGCAACUGAACAAGUAUGAUGAUAGGCACUUCGAUGACCCUUGUAAUCUACCAACAUAUUCUUAUAUCCCUUUCACAGAAUAUUACACAAAUGAAGUCAUCUGCGAUUGCUCCAGCUCUGCUAAUAAUAAAUGCCAUAUCAAAAGCCUUAAUUUUUCAGGACAGAAUCUGAAUGGCAAGCUUCCAUCAUCACUAUGGAAGCUACCUUACCUUAAGGCAGUAAAUCUAAAUCGGAACUUCCUCAGUGGUUCAAUACCGCCAGAAUGGGCUUCAACAAAGUUGGAAUCGCUGGUUAUUAGUGUGAACAAUUUAUCAGGGCCAAUCCCUGCCGAAUUAGGAAACAUAACCACUCUCAGAGUAUUGAACAUGGAGAGCAACUUGUUUUCUGAAACCAUUCCCGCUGAGCUUGGGAAAUUGGUAAACUUGGAAUAUUUGAAUUUAAAUGCAAACAAUCUCACUGGACAGUUCCCUCUGUCUCUCACCAAUCUCUCCAAGUUACACACGCUUAGGAUCAGUAGUAACUACUUCACAGGAAGGAUGCCUGAGUUUGGCAAUUGGAAACAACUUUACAGAUUAGAGAUGGAAGCAAGUGGUUUCAGUGGGCCAAUUCCUCCUAGUAUUUCUACCUUGGCAAACUUAUUUGAAUUAAGUAUAACUGACUUAAAUGGGGAGAACUCGUCAGAUUUUCCCGACUUGAGUAAAAUGACAAACCUUUCUAAGUUGACAAUGAGGAGCUGUAAUUUAAGAGGAAAUAUCCAUGAACAUAUUCUUAAUUUGGGAAUGCUAGAUGUCUUGGAUCUUAGCUUUAAUAAACUAGAAGGGCCACUUCCAAAUUUUCAAAUAUUACCUUUGCGUUAUAUAUAUUUAACAAGUAACUUACUCAGUGGGCCUAUUCCAGCGUGGAUGAACAAAUUCGGAGAUGCUAUGAACAUAGAUAUAUCUUACAAUAACUUUUUGGAGAUAUCUGAACCAUCAACUUGUCAAGAUCAUUUCAAUCACUUUCAGAGCACAUCUGGUCAUGAAGACAGCUCAAUGCUCAGCAAGUGCUUGGCUCCAUGUUCAAAAGAUUAUUAUUCAUUGCAUAUAAAUUGUGGUGGAAAAGAAACUACCAUUGGAGGCAUAAAGUAUGAAGGGGAUGAGGAAUUUGUAGGUGCUGCAAAUUUAUUCCAUAACUCAGCCUACACUUGGGGAUUUAGCAACACCGGUCAUUUCAGAAAUACGGAUCAAGAAGUGCCAGAAUAUAUAGCACAUAAUGUAUCUAGAUUAAGAACGAACAACUCUGAGCUCUACACAACUGCACGCAUCUCGCCUCUUUCGCUAACUUAUUUUGCUCGUUGCUUAAUAAAUGGAAGUUACACUGUGAAACUACAUUUUGCCGAGAUAGUAUUUAAAAACGACGAAUAUUAUGAGAGUGUUGAGAGUGUUGGAAGACGAGUAUUUGAUGUUUAUGUUCAGGGAAAACGGGUGUUGCCAGAUUUCAACAUUAAAGAGGAAGCUAAAGGAGUUGAUAGGGAGUUUAUCAAAGUAAUUAACACAGUUGUUGUGAGUCAUAACACAUUGGAGAUCCGCCUCCAAUGGAUGGGGAAAGGGACAAGGAAUGUUCCAAAGCAAGGAAAUUAUGGGUCUUUAAUAUCAGCUAUCUCUAUAGAAUCUGUUUAUUCUGUAUCUUCUCAUUCACGGGAAGGACAUUUGAGUAAGACCAAAAUCAUGAUCGGCCUUGUUGUAGCUGUUUCUGCUGGUGCAACAUUAUUAGCUGUUGUAGCCUUCGGUUUGCAUAGACGAAAAGCUAAGAGAAAAAGAACUGCAACAAAUAAUGAUUUGAUUUGGACAAGUACUAACUUGAAGAGAGGAGACGAUCAACCUGAGCUUCAUUUUUUUGACUUGGAUAGCAUACUAAUGGCCACAAACAAGUUUAGUAUUACAAACAAACUUGGUCAAGGAGGAUUUGGUCCUGUUUAUAAGGGACAACUACAUGGGAAAGAAGUUGCGGUGAAAAGACUGUCUAGCAGCUCAUCACAAGGCUACGAAGAAUUUAGGAAUGAAAUAAUAUUGAUCUCCAAACUGCAACAUAGAAAUCUUGUUAAGCUCAUUGGUUGUUGCAUUGAAAAUGAAGAGAAGUUAUUAAUAUACGAGUUCAUGCUCAACAAGAGCUUAGAUACUUUUAUUUUCGAUGAUAGAAGAAGGGUAGAGCUUGAUUGGGCCAUACGAUUCAACAUUAUUGAUGGCAUUGCGAGAGGUCUUGUGUAUCUCCAUCGCGAUUCCAGUUUAAGGGUAAUACAUCGAGAUUUGAAGGCCAGUAAUAUUCUAUUGGAUGAGAAGAUGACUCCAAAAAUUUCUGAUUUUGGAUUAGCAAGGAUUUUUGAAGGCACGUUAGAUCUAGCAAAUACUCAUAGGGUGGUAGGAACAAUCGGCUAUAUGUCUCCAGAGUACGCAUUGAGAGGAAUCUUCUCGGAAAAAUCUGACGUGUUUAGCUAUGGCGUGUUACUACUAGAGAUAAUAAGCGGGAAAAAGAAUACUAGCUUCAAGGAUGAGGAUCAAUACCAAGGCCUUAUUGCAUAUUCAUGGCAGCUAUGGAGUGAAGGCAGAGGAAUAGAGUUGGUGGAUGAAGCAUUAGGCGAGUCAUACAAUGAAUUAGAGGCAUUGAAAUGCAUACACAUUGGGCUUUUGUGCGUUCAAGACUUUGCCACAGAUAGACCUUCCAUGGCUCAAGUAGCUUCCAUGUUAAGUAACCAAAUAUUUCAUCAAUCUCAACCCAAACAACCUGUUUUUACUUUUAAAGCCAGCAGUAGUAGUUAUGAUCCUUCCACACAAAGUGGUAGUAGACGCUCUGUCAAUGAGGCCACUGUAUCAAUGGUUGAACCACGAUAAAAAAGAAAAAAUUCAACUAUAAAUUAUGUUAAAUGUAUAUUGGGCUACACCUACGCUAUUCAAUAUUUUCUUUUAAAUUUAAUGAACUCCAUUUUGUUACAACUUGAAAGGAAAUUACUCUAAUGAUUGCAACAAAACCAAAUGUUCUUUUUGUAGAGUAAGAUUUGUACAGUUAUAACAAUACUCAACUCAAAGCACAUUAUGUUACUAGAUUUUUAGAGUCAGAUUUGUUCGGUCUCUAGCUGUACUGUGGAAAAUCAGUUGAUGAUCCUGAACUGGUCAUGGAUUCAAGUAUUCUUGAUGAUCCUUUCAGGUUCACUACAUUGCGAGACAAGUUUGAUCAAAUUUCACAACAAACCUCCACUGAAUAUCAUAGUCUUCCUGCUCAAUCAUCCAACUCAUCAUCAAUGUGGAUUGAUUCUUGCUCUGCAUGAUCUCUUUAUUUUUAGUGAAUAGGUCUCUUCUUUUUUAGUGUUUUCCAUACAGAGGUAUCUUUUGACAACAAUAAUUAAAUUAUGCUUCGACUCUUGCUGCAAACAGUUCCCUGAUCUCACUAAUCUCACCAAGUUAAAUCAGCUGUUAAGUGUAAAUUUGUAGUGUAACUCCGUGACCAAAAUGAACCAAGUUUUAUGUCACUUGAAUCUUGACUCAUGUUUUCUCAUUGCAGUAGGAUCAGUAGUAACUACUUCACAGGAAGGAUUCCAGAGUUUGGCCUUUUGAAACAAGUUGAGAAGUUGUAAGAGCCAUUGAUCAAUUUGGUUUUAAAAAAUCACGAACAAUAGAUAUGUAGAUUUUACAUACUACAUCCAUAAUGAGAAAUGGAAGCAAGUGGUUUCGAUGGGCCAAUUCCUUCCAAUCUAACUCGAACAAGUUAGUAGCUAGAAUUAAGGAGAUUGCUGACUUAAAUGGAGAGAUGAGCUCAAAUUUUCCGGACUUGAGUAACAUGACAAACAUGCAAAGAUUGGUGCUGAGGAGCUGUAAUUUAAGAGGAAAUAUUCCUGAAUAUAUGCCCAGUUUGGAAGCUCUAGAAAUAUUGUAAUUCUUCUAUUCACUUGUCAAAUUCUCUACUUAAAAGUUUAAACACUUUAUCUCUGUAGUUACUGUUUUGUUAGUGAAAUUAAUUUAUUGCAUGUCCUGACAUAACUGACAUCUAAGCUUUUUAUUUUGUAAAUUUAAGAAACUUGAAGAACAUGUAAGUGAUGCAAAAAUUGAGUAGGAAGAAGACAUUGAGGAAGGACCUUACUCAAAAACUUCAUCGUUCCUUUUCUUUUUAUUACUCUUUUGUUCAUAAACUUCUUGCUCAUUCACUUCACUUGUGCUAUUGUGUGGCACAAUGAAUAGGUAAUUCACAAGUAACUUACUCAGUGGGCCUAUUCCAGAUUGGAUUAAAUUCAGAGGCACUGACUAGUAAG